AUGAGCUUAGAGCAGGCUGAGGCAGCUUACGACUCGGAGCCAGACGAGGCAAGGAGGUUGGCCCAGGCAGUCUUCGAUGACAAGUCGACGGCGGGCGACGCAAAGGACAAAGAGGGCGCACUCGUUCUGCUAGGUCGCUUGGCGGCAAAGAAGCAUGAUGCAGCCGAGCUACAAAACGUCAUUCGGUCGUCUCAAGCCUACCUGACAGUCAUCGCGAAAGCCAAGACGGCAAAGCUCAUCAGGCGACUCAUCGAUCUGUUCGGCGACAUCCCCGGGAGCAGCAGGCAACAGGUGGACAUCACCAAGGAGUUCAUCGAGUGGGCGCGAACAGAGCGAAGAGUCUUCCUCCGUCAAAGCCUCGAGACUCGACUGAUCGCAUUCUAUCUCGAUUCUGGCAAUCAUCGUGAAGCGAUCAAGCUCGUCGAAACCUUGCUCAAGGAACUCAGGCGACUAGACGACAAGAUCGUCCUGACAGAGGUACACUUGCUCGAGUGUCGCGCUCAUUAUGCUCUUGGCAAUACCCCCAAGGCAAAAGCUGCCCUCACAUCUGCACGUACAGCGGCCAACGCGAUCUACUGCCCGCCAAAUUUACAGAACCAGCUCGAUCUGCAAUCGGGCAUCCUGCAUGCGGGAGAUAAGGACUACACUACAGCCUUCUCGUACCUUUUCGAAGCCAUGGAAGGCUUCUCGACACAGGACGAUCCUCGUGCGAGCCAGGCGCUCAAAUACAUGCUCUUGUGCAAAAUCAUGCUCAGCCUGCCCGCCGAUGUGACGAGUAUCAUCCAGAGUAAGCUCGCGCAACGCUACGCCGGCAAAGAUGUCGAUGCAAUGAAGGCGGUCGCCAUUGCUCACGAAAACCGAAGUCUGUCCGAAUUUGAGCGUGUUCUCCAGACUUACAAAAGCGAGCUAUCGCAAGACGCAAUUAUCAAAAACCAUCUAGCGGCCCUCUACGACACACUGCUCGAACAAAAUUUACUCAAAGUCGUCGAGCCAUACAGCAAAAUCGAAUUGGAGUAUAUCGCGCAAUCGGUGCAGCAGCCGACUCGCGAAAUCGAAUCAAAAAUCAGCCAACUUAUUCUCGACAAGAAGCUCUUUGCAAUCAUUGAUCAAGGGUCAGGCUGUCUGGAGGUAUUCGACGAACCUCAGAGCGAUGUGACGUACGAUGUCGCACUCGAUACGCUCAAGCAAGUCGGCCAGGUCGUCGAUACACUUUACGCCAAAGCAAUGAAGCUAUAG